GUUUUUAAAAACCUCAUACUCUGUUCCACCUCUCUCUCUCUCUCAUCCCAUCUCAAUUUUCUCUUUCCCAUUGUACCCUCACAUUUCAUCAAAGAUGUCUGCACUCACUAAGCUUCGUUCUCCGGUUAAACCGAUGGUUGUUGAGCCACGAGCAAUCCUCUGUUCAACCGGGAACAGAGUCAAACCUUCGAAAACAGAGAUCGCCGCGAAGAAGAAGAAGCCACAAGUGGCGAAAUCUCCGGCGAAGAGCAACUUUUCAGCCUCGACUGAUGACUCAUCUUCGACAACAUCUUCCUCGGAGCGUUCGUCGGUGAAGACGGCAGAGUCUAAGAAAUUGAUAACUCCGUCGAAACGGAACGGGUCAGUGACGAAGCACAACAGUGUCGCCGCCGCUGGAGACAUUCUUCCUGAGAGUCCGGGACCGGUCAAGAGAUGCCACUGGAUCACACCUAACUCAGACUCGAUCUACGUGAAGUUUCAUGACGAGGAGUGGGGUGUUCCAGUUCGUGACGACAAGAAACUCUUUGAGCUGCUUGUGUUCUCACAAGCAUUAGCUGAGUUUAGCUGGCCCUCGAUUCUACACAAAAGAGAUGCCUUUAGGAAGCUCUUUGAAGAUUUUGAUCCUUUAGCUAUAUCAGAAUUCACUGAGAAGAGGUUGAUGUCUCUUAAAGUAAACGGAUGUCUUGUUCUGUCCGAACAGAAACUGCGAGCCAUUGUCGAUAACGCAAAAUCAGUUCUCAAGGUCAAGCAAGAGUUUGGAUCAUUCAGCAACUACUGUUGGAGAUUUGUGAACCACAAGCCACUAAGAAAUGGAUACCGCUAUGGUCGCCAAGUCCCUGUUAAAUCCCCAAAGGCAGAGUACAUUAGCAAAGAUAUGAUGCAGAGAGGGUUCCGCUGCGUUGGUCCUACUGUUAUUUAUUCCUUCUUGCAGGUCUCUGGCAUUGUGAAUGAUCAUCUCACAACUUGCUUCAGAUACCAAGAAUGUAAUGCUGAGACUGAGACCGAACUGGAUCUGCAUUCCAUCAUGUGACUUGUUUAAAUCAGCAACAUUAACUACUGGAAUAUUAAGAAGAUGAUGAUGAUUACCAGUGUUUGUUUGUAAUUCAUUAUGAAAUGUAGCAUUUGUAGCUGAGUUGUGUUGAUUGGUUGUGUUUUUUCUUCUAGCUAGCUUUGUCUAAUGAUGAUAUGAUUAGAUUUUGACCCAAAAAAAAAAGAUAUUGAAUUUGCAAGGAAAUAAAAGAAUUUUAACA